UUUACAUUAGGAGAGAAGCGAAGGCAACUCCUGGAGCGUGAACUAAGAAGAGUACACGUAAUAAAUACAAGAAAUGAAUGGAUUGAUUCCAUACCAGAGCCUGAAAAUGGGAUGGUCAUUCAGUUUAAAUAUCCUGAUGGUGGCUUAAAAAGGAGGCGCUUCCUACCAAGUCAGCUAUUUCAGGAUUUAGUUGCCUUUGCAGGUAAUGUAGACAUGGCCAGUGAAAUAUUUUCACUCCAGAAAGCUAUGUCUCCUAUCUCAAUCCUGAGUACCCAAAGAGGUUCACUAGCAGACAAUGGAAUCACUGCACAGUGUACUUUGUACAUUCUGUGGAUGUCAGGGGAUGAAGUGGAGAAUAUUAUAUCAAAUUCAUCCAUAGCAUGUGGCCCAUACCCAGUUGCACCAUCUACCACCUUUUCUCCUGCUCCUUCUCCGCCCACCACGAUCACCACCUGUUCUCCUGCCCCCUCUUCACCCAUCCCAGCCCCCAUAUUUUCUCCUGCUCCUUCUCCAUCCCAGAGUCCUUCAUUCAGUCCAUCAAGCCCAGACCAGGAGGAUAUUGAAGGAGCUUUUGACAUUGCUGCUGCACUGCAGACUCUGAAGGCAAGGGUUCACCAUCUUGCUCCUACUGCCAAUCAAAUAAACGUUCUUCAUGAUGAAGAGUUUGAAUGUGCUCUAAGAGCUUUCAACAGGCCAACCUUUGACCCUGAGUCAAAACUAGACAUCGUCUUCAUUGAUGAGGAUGGUCGAGGAGAAGGGGCCGUAGAUGAUGGUGGGCCUACCAGAGAGUUUUGCAGACUGCUUAUGGGAAAACUACAAGGGCACCAAAUAUUUGAAGGGCCUCCAGAAGAACGCACCCUUGCACUUGACAGCAUUGCACUUCACACCAACACCUACAAAAGCGUGGGACAGAUGUUGUCUGUUUGCCUGAUCCACGGGGGAGUGUCACCUAACUUCUUUUCAAAAAGGCUUUUCAGCCAAGUCUUUGGUUUACCAUCUGGCCCAGCAACCAUUGAGGACGUGGUAGACCAUGGUCUCAGAGCUAAACUGGAGAAGAUAAACAGUGCAGAUACGCUUGAUGAUGCCAGGGAGGCUGUUAGUGAAACUGCUGAAGAGUUGGCGCUGAUGGGAGCUCUACGGCACCUCAGAUCCUUGGAGCACAGGAAGGAGUUGAUGGAAGCUGUUCUUCAGUUUUACUGUGAAGGCCGAAUCAAUGCAGCCCUCACACAGUAAGUACUCAGUAUUCAU